AAGGACCCUGCACUUCUGAAUUUGCAACUACACUACUGCGGCUGAGUGAUGUGCAGCCUGCUCUAGACGAGGUCUGAAGGAGCGGGUUUGUAGUUUGGGCGUUCUCUUGGAUCCACUGCUGUCGCUUGAGGCACAGCUGGCCUCAGUGGCGUGGAGUGCCUUUCAUCAGCAUGGGCUGGGGGCCCAACUGCAACCCUCUCUGGACAGGGAUAACCUGGCUACAGUAAUCUAUGCUCUGGUAACCUCAAGGUUGGAUUAUUGCAAUUCACUUUACGUGGGGCUGCCUUUGAAUACGGUUUGGAAGCAUCAAUUAGUGCAGAAUGCAGCUGUCCAAUUGUUGACUGGUUCAAGGUGAACAGCGCAUAUACGACCUAUCCUGUUCCAAUUGCACUGGCUGCCGAUGCGCUUCUGAGCCCAACUCAAAGUGCUGAUUUUGACUGGUAAAGCUCUUUACGGCUCAGGACCCCAAUAUCUUCUGGCACGCCUCUCCGGAUACGAACCGUUUGAUCUUCCUCUGAGGCCCUUCUCCAGGUCCUCCCUUUGAGGGAAGUUCAGAGGGUGGUGACAAAGAACGUAAGAAGAGCCUGCUGGAUCAGGCCAGUGGCCCAUCUAGUCCAGCAUCCUGUUCUCACAGUGGCCAACCAGGUGCCUGGGGGAAGCCCGCAAGCAGGAGAGGACCUUUCCAGUCAUGACUCCCCAUCUGCGGAAGAUGCUCCCCAGUGAGGUCUGCCUGGCGCCGUCAUUGACAUCUUUUCAGCACCAGAAGAAUCUUUCCCUCAGCGCUACCUGGAGACGCCGUGGAUUGAACCAGGAACCUCACGAUACCCCGAUGAGGAGCCGAGCGGCCUCUUUAAGCGUCUCCUCCCGGGCCGGUCCCACCUCCGCGCGCAGUCCCCGCCUCGCCCCUCCCGGCCAGCGAGAGGCAGUGGAAGACGCCGCCGCCGCCGCAGCUCGAGCCGGAGCAGCCGGAGCAGCCGGAGCGGGGGCGGUUCGGCAGCACGGGCAGCCGGGGGUCCCGGGCCAGGAGCGCGCUCGCGGGGGCGCAGCCAUGGCGGGGGCGCGCCCGGGGGUCCACGCGCUCCAGCUGGAGCCCCUGAAAGUCCCGGAGACCUUGAUAAAGGGCAGCAAGUUCAUCAAAUGGGACGAGGAACCGACCAGCCGGGCUCUGGUGACCCUACGAGUUGACCCACAAGGCUUUUUCCUCUACUGGACUGGCCCCAAUAUGGAAGUUGACAUCCUGGACAUCAGCUGUAUCCGGGACACUCGGACUGGGCGCUACGCCAAGCAACCUAAGGAUCCGAAGACCCGGGAGAUUCUUGGCUUUGGGGGGCCAGAGCAACGGCCUGAAGAGAAACUAGUGACUGUGGUGCAUGGCCCAGACCUGGUCAACGUCAGCUUUCUCAACUUCAUGGCGGUCGUUCAGGAUGACGCAGCAAAGUUGUGGACCGAGGAACUGUUCAAACUGGCCACAAACAUCUUGGCUCAGAACGCCUCGCGGAACACCUUCCUGCAAAAAGCGUACACCCGGCUCAAAAUCCAGCUCAAUCAGGAUUCAAGGAUCCCAGUCAAGAACAUCCUGAAAAUGUUCUCGGCUGACAAAAAGCGGGUGGAGACGGCCCUGGAGUCCUGUGGCCUUAACUUUAAUAGGAGCGAGUCUAUCAAACCUGACGAGUUCACCCUGGAGAUCUUUGAACGCUUCCUGAAUAAGCUUUGCCUUCGGCCAGACAUAGACAAAAUCUUGUUGGAAAUCGGAGCCAAGGGGAAGCCUUACCUCAGCCUGGACCAGCUGAUGGAGUUUAUCAACCAGAAGCAAAGGGAUCCCCGUCUCAAUGAAAUCCUGUAUCCUCCACUGACUCAGGGCCAGGUGCGCCAGCUCAUCAACAAGUAUGAACCCAACCAACAGUUCCAGCAGCGUGACCAGAUGUCAAUGGAAGGGUUUGGCCGCUACCUGGGGGGAGAAGAGAACGCCAUCGUGCCCCCCGAAAAGUUGGAUUUAAGUGACGACAUGACCCAGCCGUUAAGCAGCUACUUUAUUAACUCUUCACAUAAUACCUACCUCACAGCUGGGCAGCUGACAGGAAAUUCCUCUGUGGAGAUGUACAGGCAGGUGCUGCUGAGUGGCUGCCGUUGCAUUGAGCUUGACUGCUGGAAGGGGCGACCCCAAGAUGAGGAACCUUUCAUCACCCACGGAUUCACGAUGACGACGGAAAUACCUUUCAAGGAAGUCAUAGAGGCCAUUGCCGAAAGCGCCUUCAAGACUUCACCUUUCCCUGUUAUCCUCUCAUUUGAGAACCAUGUUGACUCGGCAAAACAGCAGGCCAAGAUGGCGGAGUACUGCCGCAGCAUAUUUGGGGAGGCUCUCCUUAUCGAUCCCUUUGAGAAAUAUCCGCUUCAGCCUGGCAUAGCUUUGCCAAGUCCCCAGGAACUGUUGGGCCGAAUCCUGGUAAAGAACAAGAAGCGUCGCAUGUCUGGCAAAGGAUUCGAAGGCAGCAUGCGGAAGCGGCUUCUGGAGCAGACUCCCAGCUCCUACAGUGAUUCCUCUGGAGUGGGUGAGCCAGGCUGUCCUGCACUGGGGUCUCCUUUUGCAGAACAGCCUGAGAUAUUGUCACCGGUCAUGACCAACGGCGAGGAGAAGUCUUCCGACAGAAUAGCAAAGCUGGUGGAGCCCCGCAAAUCUAUCGACCGUGAAGCCGAGAGUGAAGAGGAGGAGGAGCAGCAGGACCCCAAAAAGCCCACAACGGAUGAGGGCACUGCAAGCAGUGAGGUCAACGCCACGGAAGAGAUGUCUACACUGGUGAACUACAUCGAACCUGUCAAGUUCAAGUCCUUCGAGGUGGCCAGCAAACGCAACAAAUCGUACGAGAUGUCUUCCUUUGUGGAGACCAAAGGCUUGGAGCAGCUAACCAACAGCCCCAUGGAGUUCGUUGAAUACAACAAGAAGCAGCUGAGCCGGAUAUACCCCAAAGGGACCCGGGUGGACUCCUCUAACUACAUGCCCCAGGUGUUCUGGAAUGCCGGCUGCCAGAUGGUGGCGCUCAAUUUCCAGUCUCUUGACUUGCCAAUGCAGCUGAAUCUGGGCAUCUUUGAGUACAACCGCCGGAGUGGAUACCUGCUCAAACCAGAGUUUAUGCGGCGCCAGGACAAGCUCUUCGACCCCUUCACCGAAGACAUUAUUGACGGCAUCGUGGCCAAUACCAUCAAAGUGAAGAUAAUCUCGGGGCAAUUCCUUUCAGACAAGCGGGUGGGCAUCUACGUUGAAGUGGACAUGUUUGGGCUGCCCGUGGACACAAAGCGCAAAUUCCGGACGCGGACGUCGCAAGGGAAUUCUUUCAAUCCAGUGUGGGAUGAAGACGCUUUUGUGUUCCACAAGGUGGUGCUUCCUACGUUGGCCUCACUGCGUAUAGCUGUUUUUGAAGAGGGGGGCAAAUUCGUUGGCCAUCGGAUAUUGCCUGUCUCUGCCAUCCGUUCAGGGUACCACUACAUUUGCCUGCGCAGUGAGAGUGACCAGCCUCUCUGUCUCCCAGCUUUGCUGGUCUACACUGAGGCCUACGACUAUAUCCCAGAUGAUCACCAAAAUUAUGCAGAGGCUCUGAUCAACCCCAUUAAACAUGUCAGCUUAAUGGACCAACGGGCAAAACAGCUUGCGGCACUGAUAGGAGAGAGUGAGCAGGAGAACGCAGAGAAGCCAAGGGAGAUGCUGUCGAGAAGCUCUUCUGGUGUGUCUGCUGGCCCCACUGAAGAGGUGCACAAGCCCUCGACCCCCCUGCUCCCCUCAACCCGGAGCCCCAGUGUGAUCCCCAGUCAAGUGCAAAGGGACGAUCUGAUUGCCAGCGUCCUGGCAGAGGUGGCUCCGCAGUCUCUGGAGGAGCUUCGGCAGCACAAGGCCUAUGUGAAACUGCUGAAGAAACAGUACCGGGAGUUGAAGGAGCUUCGGCGGAAACACAUGAAGAAGAUCUGCAGCCUGAACAAGAAGCAGAAUGUCCAGCUUUCCCAGGUGGAAAGGAGACGGCUGCGCAGCCAGGAAGGGUCUCAAAGUUCUUUGGAGCUGGAUCUGCAGGAGUGGCAGAUGCAAGGCCUGCUGCAGCUGCGGGAGGCUCAGCACCAGCUGGAGAGGGACUGCAAGCGAGACCACCUGCACCAGGCCCAGCAGCGCUUGAGAGAGAUCGCCCGGGAUUGCCAGGCUGCCCAGCUGAAGAAGCUGAAAGAGACGGGCGAAAAAGAGAAGAAGGAGCUUCAGAAAAUCCUGGACCGGAAGCGGCACAACAGCAUCACUGAAGCAAAAUCCCAGGAGAAGAGCAAAAAGAAUGUGGAACUGACGGAGAUAAACAGGAGGCAUAUCACCGAGUCGGUGAACUCUAUUCGCAGGCUUGAAGAAGCCCAGAAACGGCGCCAAGAGAAGCUACUGGCAGGGCACCAGGCGAUACUCCAGCUCAUUGAGGAUGAAGAGCCACGGCAUGAAGAGGCCAGCCCUGAGCAGGUGCCAGCUCCCAUCCAAGGUCACUGGCGGCAACAACCAGCGCUGUCAAGGGGGCAUGAGCAGGCAACCGUGUGCCAGGCCUCAGCUCCAUGAGGACAUCCUGAGAAUUCCCCCUGGGGUGGGAGGAACUUACAGAUGCCUGGAGUUCCUUGGCAGAACAGGGGCAUCCUUGGCAGGGGGUGCUACCGGGAGGGACGCUGCCAGACGUGGCAUGUCCAUGUGGCACUGGGCCACGUACAGCCUAGUCCCCCAAACACCAAUUGCAACCAGAAUAACUGUUUGUGGCCUCUAUUCACACAUCCCUUUGAACCCUUGCAGCCUCCUUGGGUGGCUUAUUUCGGCAUGCAACCCUUGUAGAAUUCAGAGGAUGCUGGGUGUUCUCUCAUGCGUACAACCCUCAAACACUCUUCCUUUGCACGUUUGCACAUUCGAACCCAAAUGAGCUCCCUUCUUGCGCAGUUUGGGUCUGCCUCCCUCUCCCUUAUUCCCUCACCUAUGUUUAGGGGACUCUCCUCUGUCCACUGUGACACAGGGCAACUAUGUGCAGACUCAUCUGCACGUACGCACACAAGCAGAAAUGCAGAUGUGCUGCGUUUAGGGUGCAAGGAACAUGAGCAUUAGAGGCAGAGCACCAAAUCUUCUUGUCAUCGCCCUUGCAAGGCUGGUGGUGCACUUCCAAGCAAAAAAUAAAUAAAGCAGCAAGCCUUCAGACAUCUUGCCUUGGGCCAAGAUGCAUGCCUACCUACUGGUGUGGGAACCCCCUCCAGAUUGCUGAAGUCAAGCCAUAAAGCACAUCUCCCUCUCAAGAAUCCUGGGAAGUGUUGUUUGUUAAGGGUGCUGGGAAACUACAGUUCCCAGGAUUGGGAGGGUAAACUACAGUUCCCAGGUUUUCCCAUCUGUGUGUGUGAGAAUGUGCUUUCAGUACACAGCUGAAGACUCUGAGCAGUCCUCGUGCAAGGCAGUGCAAGUGUGUGCCCUGGCUGGUGCCAGGCUAGUAGCAGCUCACGUGCUUAUCUCCCCCGCUCUCCGCCCGCCGCCUUGGUGCAGUUCCUCCUGAAUCCUGUUGCUAGUAUCCCAAAGAUGGGGAAGGCAGGAGCCAUUCCCCCCUUUCUCUAUCCCCUGCAACCUCUUUUCAUGCAGAGCUUAUGGGGGCAAGCGGGGAGGAGAGGAGAAAGAAGAAGGGCAUGGGGGGGAUCCCCCUGAUUAAAUCCUGUUGGCACUGAAAGAUCCGGCUGGCAGCCAGGAUUCAGCUGGGCUCUCUGCUUGCUGCUGCUGUUGUCGUGUUGGUAUAAAAAGUGAUUCCUGGACAGCGGGUGGGGGUGUGUGUUGUGUUUUGAAAAAGGAAGCAUGGGGGGAAAUCAUCAAUGAGAUGGGCUGAGAAAUCUGUCCUCGUAUGUGUGUUUGGGAAAGGGGGUGGGAUUUGAUGGGGAUCACCGAACCCUAAAACUUCUCUGGAUUUAAUUCCCAUUAAAAUGCCUGAAGUGUAUUCUGCCCAGUUGGGGAAACCUCUCACUCUUUUAGCUGACAAGACUCCCUCGUUUUACCCCCCAUUUCCUUUUUUGAAAAAUUUUUUGUUCCCCCCCCCCUAUUUUCUCUGAUUUCAUCCCUCUCCCAAAGACCAGCCACUUCUGGACUGGUCUUCAACAAAACACAUCACACUUCCCUCAAAAAGCCUAAAGCUGCAUCCUACCUGCCAUUCAUUCAAUUGGAUCUACUCUGAGUAGAGCUCAAUGGGGUACCAGCCUCAGCCUCGUUCUCCUGACUCCCCAGCCCCCUGAAACUUGUCUUCUCCUCCCUUCCCCACAUUUGAGCCCCUUGCCUCUUAGAGCAAACCCCAUAGGAAUGCAGAAUUUGCCGUAGCCUGGCGGCACACACAGCCUUUGGGAUUUUUUUUAAAAAAAACCUUUCCAAAUCUAUUGCCCCAUUUAACUUUUAUCCAGUUUUUUUUAAGAGGCGGGGAUUUAGGGAAACAUAUUUCUAGCAUUAUUUAACACCCCUUCCUCGCCAAAUUGCACCUGGAGGAGCCCCACACUGUAAGGGAAAACCCCCCUCGCCCUAGUGGCCUCCCUCACCUCCCCCUUUCGAAGCCCAGGUAUACCCCACCUCCUCCUCACCUGGUAGUUAGAAGGUCUUUACAGAGGGAGAAGUCCAACCGGAUCGGAGGUGGGGGCUCCCUCCUCCCCUUCAGAUCCGUGCAAACCCCCCAGCCUGAGGAGGGCGGGGGGGGGACUGGAAAGCUGAGCGGUCGCCUCCA